UGAUUCCCAAUCCCAAUUCCUUGUUAACAUGUAAAAGGGUUUUAGAGUUUCUCCGUCGCAAUUUAAACCCCGCACCUUCCACUCGUUCAGAAUCACAUUCUCCCUUUCACCUUCUUCACCUUCACCUAGGGUUAGGGUUUCAAUGGCGGAAGACGAUUCAACGGUGGGUCGUUCACUGAUUAAGCACCUCGCUUGCUCCAACAAAUCAACUCGAGAGAAAGCCCUCCGCCUCAUCCUCCAAUCAUGGCUUCCCUCUCGAUCUCAGCCUCUCUCCGACGACGACGCCAAGAAGCUCUGGAAGGGUCUCUUCUACUGCGUCUGGCACUCCGACAAGCCUAUCGUUCAAUCCGCCCUCAUCAACCGCCUCGCCAACCUCCUCCUCACGUUCCACCACCUCCCUCUCUCGCUGCAGUAUCUCUCCACCUUCUUCCUCACCAUCCGCCGCGAGUGGUCCGGCAUCGACGCGCUCCGUCUCGACAAAUUCUACCUCCUCACUCGCAGGUUCAUUUCGCACUCCUUUUCUUUGCUGAAGAAAUAUUCAUGGGAUUCUGAACUUGUGAACCGUGUUAUGGUGCUUUUUGAUGAGGCUACUCUGUGUUCUCAUGAUAAGUUUCGGGGUGGGAAUGGGGUUAAUUACCAUUGUGCUGCUGUUUUUCUUGAAGAGCUUAAGCCAUUUCUUCCGGUUAAGCAAGAGAUUCUUGAGGUGCUUUUCAAACCCUUUAUCUCUGCUAUGGGGAAAUUGCCUGAUAAGGUUUUGUUGGGGAAGAUUAGGUCUGGUAUGUUUGAUGUGUUGCUGUUGAAUGGGAAGAGGUUGUUAGAGGUUAAGAAAGCAGGAGGGUAUGAUGAGAAGGUUGGUUCUGAUGAUGAUGAUGAUGAUGGUGUUGUGGUUCUUGGAACAAUUGCGGUUGUUAUGGGGUUUUCUGGCAGGUUUUAUGAGCUUGGUUCUGCUCCUGAAUGUGUUCAGGGGAAUAGAAAAGUGCUGUUUGAGCUGCACCGAGAGUUUUCGAAGUUGGAGAAGGAUGCGGCAGCUUCUGGGUUCGAAUUCUCUAUUCCUGAUCGGGUGGAAGAAGAAGAGGAAGUGCCCAAUUUGGUUCCCAUUGCUAAUGGCUCAGUGGAGGGAGAUGCUCUUCCCCUAGUUGAUUUGGGACUUGCUGCUAAGGUGUUGAAGAAGUGCAAGAAGGAGAAGAAAAAAUCUGGUGACGGAAAGAAAAAGGCAAAGAAGAAUAAGAAGAGUGGUGCAUCUGCUUUGAGCCCUGCUGAGAAUGACAAUGAGAAUGCAGCUAGUGAAGAUGGUGGGAGUUCAAAUGAGGAGCGGGUUAAUGAUGAAAACACAAUACCAUUCAAUGAAGCUGCGAUUUCAAACCUCCAGAAGCAGUUUGAGAAGAUUGCUGCGGAAGCAGGUUUGGAUGAUGGAGUUGCUUUAGUAUGUGACAUACCCGAAGCUGGAAUUGUAACCAAGAAGAGAAAGAGAUCAAAGAGUGCAAAAGGAAAGGCCUCUCAGGAUUCUGAUUUGAAUGGUGCAGGUGAUGAAGAAGCUGUUGCGGCAAAGAGUGGGGAGAAAAGUGCCAAAAAGGUAAGAUUUUCCAUGAAAAACAACUUGAUAUGGAAGCCACAAAGUCCUUUACCUCCCCUGGAUGUGAGAAUUCCACCCUCUGUCACACCCAGAGGAAGUGCACUCAAAAAGGGUGUGCCCCCAGGUCCCGUAAGGGAGAUGUCUUCCUCUACCAAAAAGAAACUGAAGAAGGGUAGGAAAAAGGUUGUUGCCUCAUCUGUCAAACGCCUGAAGAAAUUAAAAUCCCGUUCUUGAUUUCCUUAAUGUUGUUAUGGGAUGAAGAUGAUGUUCCAUGACUUGUUCUGUCAUACUAUAUUUUUUUAAUUGUGAAAUUUUUGAAAGUUUUAUUAAUGUAGUUGAUUUCUGCACCAAGUGAGAAGCAAAUUGACUUGUAGGUUGCUUACAAGAUUGUGAUGUUAAUUAAGGUGUUUCACUAUUUUACAAUGUCACUUCUUUCUGCCUAAUAUUAUUAUUCUAA